AUGGCGCGAGACACGUUUUCUACGGCCUUGUCGCCGUCCAAAAUCCCAUCUUCUCUUCUCGCAGCCUCAUUCAUCCUCACAUCUCUCCCCAUGGCUCUCGGUCACGAACACGGCGUCAGCCACAUCCAGGAGGGCGAGACGGUCUCCCAGGAGCCCAUUGAUACUAUACUAUGGAUACACAUCUUCAUCAUGAUGCUGGCCUUUGGGGUCAUCUUCCCCGUUGGCAUGGUUCUCGGAAUCACCAAGAACCGCUGGCAUGUUCCUACCCAAGUCCUGGGUACCGCCCUCGCCAUUCUCGGCUACUUCCUAGGCCACAUGCACAGCGGCCGACAGUUCGUCCACAAUAAUGUUCACUCUGGCUUCGCGGGCUGGUUGAUGUUCCUCCUCAUUAUCCAGGUCGUUGUUGGCAUCUAUUUGAAAUUGCACCUCGAGAAGGGCAUCAAUGGCAAGAUCCGCAGAGUCAUCAAGCCUAUCCACGGCGUCCUCGGCAAGGCUUUUCCCGUCUUGGGUUGGACUCAGUUCCUCUUCGGUGGCAUCACCUCGCUGGGUUUCUGCCAGGCUGACCACCUUGGCCAGUGCCUGGCCCAUUUCAUUAUGGGUAGCGCCUUCAUUGCGUACGGCAUCAUUCUGACUCUGCUGCUCCUCGUUGGCCAGGUGUGGCUCCGACGCUCUGGUCGAUCCCAGGAGUUCUUCGACAGCAUCGUCAUUGCGGCGUGGGGUUGCGUUAACACCUUUACCGAGCACCGCUGGGGCAGCGAAUGGGUCAGGAACGACUGGCAACACACUACUAUGGGCAUCAUUUGGUGGUGCGCUGGUCUGGCUGGAGUCUGGCUCAGCCGCGACCGUGACGGAAACCCCCAGCGCAACUUCAUCCCCGGUUUUGUCAUCUUCAUCACCGGUUGGGCCAUGUCUGCGCAUCCCCAGGACCUGCCCAUCAGUGCCAUGACCCACGCCAUGUUCGGCAAGACCCUGAUGGCUGCCGGUCUGACGAGAAUUAUUGAGGUUGCAUUUGUGGUUAAGGACGCCCCCGGUAUGUCUGAGGAUGGACGCAAGACCAACAGCUUCCAGUACAUUCCCGUCUUCCUUCUUUACGCCUCUGGGUUCCUCUUUAUGGGUGCCACCGAAGAGCAGAUGCACCUUGUUGCCAACUCUGGUCUCGAUCACGUCUCGUACAUUCUCAUUCUCUACUCCUUCGCCUUUCUCGUGUUCCUCUUCACCAACAUGCUUAUCCACCUCUUCGACCGCAACACCAAUGUCGACGGCAAAGUUAAUCUGUCCAACGGGGCACCGGUGGCAAAUGGCCGCGUGCAGGUGCGGGAUGCCGAAGAGUUUGAGCUGGAGGGUCUGAUGAGUGAUGACGAGGACGACACGCGCAAGCCCCUGCGGGACGACACUGAUGACGAGCAAGCUUUGGGCAGCCCCAGUACGGUUGGAAAGAACAGCGAUCGGGUGGCGCGGUGA